UCUCCCUCCCUCUCUCCAGGGCUGAACUGAUGAAAACAUGUUUGUUUAGCGGAGGUCGAGUCGGGGUCUUUUGCAGUUUGAAACACACGAGGAUGCCGUGUUUAUUCUUUGAACCUGUGCGUCUGCGGAUGGCCAUUUUUUCGGCGCAUCGUCGCAUUGACUCUCACGAUGAUUUCCAGUCGGAGGACCUCUCACCGGCCGAGGCUCCACACACUCGAGCCUCGGUAGCCCCAGUGUAGCUGUUUAUCAUCAAGAUGGAAGAGUCCUCGCGUCAAGAAAAGGCGUCGAUCCGGUGAUAUGCGUCUGAAAGACUGAUUCUUCGUCUCCACGUCAACCGACACACCUGGGGAGGCUCCCCCCCCCCCCCCCCCUCUCUCUCUCUCCCUCUCUCCAUCCCUCCAUCCUCUCCUCCAGUCUACCGAGACAGCUGUGUCAUCAACAACCGGCGUGGUUUUGUUGUUGUCUGAUGUUUUUACGAGCCUGGGCAACUGGAUAUCGGCAUCUUAGUCUGCAUCUGCACCAGCCACAGGCUGCUCGCUCGCCGAGGUGAGUUGGAGGAGACUGUCCGUGCCACACGUGCCCAUCUCCCAAGUCUCCCUCUAUACCAUGAGCUCUGGCUCAGCGCAGGAUGUGGCAGUCGAGCAUUUCCUGCGUGACAUAGAGAGGCGAAGCAAGCGGCUACACUGCGCUGUGAUUGGGUGCGAGGAGGAGCGACCCCGCAGCGACAUGAACCUGCUGUAUCGUAAGAGCCGCUUGGACUGGAGGCAGAGGGACCAAGAGGGAAGCAAAAAGAGCUCAUCCCAAAAUGACGCCUCAGCUACCGUUGGCAAAGUCCGCGACUUGGCGUCUUUCCGCCGACACUUCCGGAUGGGUUUCAUGACCAUGCCAGCCUCCCAGGACCUGUCCCCUCACUCCUGUGCCUCUGCCAUGGCGCCGCGCUCUCAGUCCUGUCACGCUGUCGGUGCCGGCGACACAAGUCUAGAGAACGGAGAUUACUCUGACACCCAAUCCCAACACGGUGGCCGCUGCCCCCCGGCCAAACCCAAACGUCACCCAAGCACUCGCCUCAGCUCGUCAUCCGCUGACAGCAGAGGACCUCCAGAGACGCCGCCCCCCCCUCCACCCUCUCACUCACAGGCCAAACACUCAGAGAAGAAAAAUGCCAUGAAGAAGUCUGACUCUGGAGAGAUUGGAACAAAGAAGGUGCCUCCUUUAAAGCCCAAGAGAAGUCCCAGCACCCAGCUUUCCCUUGACCCUCUUCCUCCACGUGUGCCUCAUUCUGCCACAUCCCUGCCUUUCCAGGCAACAGACUCUCAGAUUCAGACAGGAGACGGGGAGGAUGAGCCCGUCUAUAUCGAGAUGGUGGGCCAGGUGUUUACCAGAGACAGCCAGACGGCCACCCCCCACCCUGUCACUCCCGUGGCUACCACUCCUGAUUCUGACUCAGACCAGAGUGAGGCAAUCUAUGAGGAGAUGAAAUACCCUUUGCAACAGGACAGAGAGUCCCACAGACACCUUCCUCCCAAACAUGAGAAACAUAAAACCUCUAAACACUUCCAUGUCACCCCCUCCUCCUCCAGCAGCUCCUCCUCUUUACCACGCCCCUCCUCUUCCUCACCUUCCUACUCCAAACCCAAAGCGACUGUGUCGAUCUCUCAUUCAUCUCCUCUGCCUUCCUCCGCAUCCUCCACCCCUGUCCCCCAGGUCCUCUCCACCAGUCCACACACUCCACGUGCUCCUACUCCUUACUUGCUGCAAGGGAGUAAAUCCGAGCCGGAGGCCAACACAAAGAUCCCGGCCCCUUUCCCCAAUCUUUUGCAGCACCGGCCCCCGCUGCUUGCCUUCCCACAGCCGGCGGCAGCCUCCAGCGGGGUCGGGGUGCAAAACAAGGCAUCUGCUGCUGCUAAAAUGGGAACUCAAACGUCCAGCGUGAUGACUCAAGCCGGCAUCUCCUCCUCAACCUCCUCUAAUCUUCCUAUAUCCCUGUCCGGCUCCAAGGAAUCAUCAGGAGGUAGUGCGACCCAGCAGGACAAACACAGCAGAGACGCCCAGUUAGGCCCAGCUCCCGGACUGAGAGCCAGGAGUCACUCCACACCCCUGCCUCCUUCCUCCAAAUCCACCUCCCCUUACUCCCAUCAUCACCACCACCCGCACCAUCGCCCCUCACACUACCAUCACUAUCGCAAGCCAGAGAGGGGAGACUCUCCCGCUCCAACCAAGAGCGGCUCUCAGACUUCCAACCAGGCAACAGUCCAAACCCAAACCUCGAGUACAGGCAAGGAAGGCAAGUCUGUGAGCUUCCUCUUGAAGUCCGAGAAAGGAGAGAGGGAUAGGGACCGGGACAGGGACAGGGACAGGGACAGGGACCGGGACAGGGACAGGGACAAGGAUAGGGACAGGGACAGAGAGAGGGAUAGAGCUAGAGACAGGGACAGAAUGGGAGACAGAGACAAGGAGAAAGACAAGGACAGAGAUAGAGACAGGGAGAGAGAAAGGGAUCGGGAUAGGGAUGGAGGGCCGCGCUCCUUGCAGAUGGAUAUCGCGACCGGCAGUAGCAGCAAAAUGUCUCAAAGCAGCACCAGCUCAACCCCUACACCAUUAUCCUCGUCUCAGCGUCCUCAUUCUCGCCCACAUCUCCGCUCUCACACUCCUCAUGGUCUGCCAGCUUACAAGCCUCCCUCCUCAGACAGCCCCCUGCUGUGGACCUACCCUUCUGGUGGCUUCCGGAGACCGCCGGCUUACGAGAGCCUGAGAGGGAGCUGUCAGACUCCGUCUCUGCAGCAGCCCUCGAGUCUUACUGGUGUAGGUGAAGGGGCAUCCAAGAGUAAUGGUGGGUCCGUGUCCCACCACUCUAAAGUUGGCUUCAUGCCAUGGGACAGCAGUGCCAGCUUAACCGCCGAUGAGGGGUCUUACUGGCCUAUGCAGAGGAAAUUGUCCUUCAGCCAUGGGAGCAGAGAGACAGAUAAGGAUGAAGGGCGUGCAUGGAAUGGAAGUGCUGAUGCCCUGUUAAGGAUGGAUAAAGAGGAGCUGGGGUUGGGGUCUCGAGGAGGCCACUCAGGCAUCCCAGUCCACUUCAGUGGUGUGAGCAGCAGGGCCCUUGGUCACAGUGAGUCCUUGGCCGGUGUGGAUCACAGCCUGGGUUUCAGAGCCCUGCCCAGAUUAGGCCUGCCUCUUCCCUGCCAGACUUUCCCCGCCUGUCGAAAUGGAGAAGUGGGGCGGCUGGGCCGCUCCUCCUCUGCUGCUGGAGUCAGACAGGUGGGUGGAGGAGACGUCCAGAGGCAGAGCAGCCUACCAGUGCGAGAAGCCCUGAAUCAGCUGCAUGGUCUGGCCCAGCCUCAGGCGCCCUGCAGUCCCAGUGUGUCUCGGCAGCAGCAGCAGCUUCAGCUCCACCAGCAGCAGCUCCAGCUAAAGCAGCAGCUCCAGCAGCUUCAGCAACAGCACCACCUGCAGCUGCAGUUCCAGCAGCUCGCCCAGCUGGCACAGGGACAGCCUGCUGUCGGCGCAGGCACCACCCAGUCCGCAGCGCAGACCCAGAGAGACGGCAAGCUGUUGGAAGUCAUUGAGCGCAAACGCUGCCUGUGCAAAGAGAUCAAGGCCCAUAGGCGCCCUGACAAAAGCCUGUGCAAGCAGGACAGCAUGCCCAUCCUCCCUAGCUGGAGACGGACACCUGAGCCCCGUAAGACUGGCACGCCACCCUGCCAGAGGCCGCAAGCCGUUGUGUGGGACACAGCGAUCUGAGGUGGAAAGACAGCCCAGAAAGUACAGCACGAAGGAGACACAAAACACACAGAUUGAGCUGAAGAUUGAUGGACAAUGAAGAAGAGCUGAGAGUAAAAAAAAAAGGUUCAGUAUCAGGAAUAUUUUUUAAAUGGUUUGUGGUGAGAUGAGCUACAGAGGAAAGAAAGAUGUUGGACAAAGAAGAAGACGUUUGCCAGCACACUUAUUGUGUGACAAACUGAAUGAGAAGAGUAUUCAAGGUUAUUGGAGACUGAAGUCAUUUGGAAAGAACAAACUAAAAAAAUCGUUGACAAAAGAGGUGAAGAAAAGCAGGUAUUCCAAUCAGACUAAAUUCAUUUCUUACCCAGCUGAUUUGUACUUGCUCUCUACUACUGUAUGUACUCAGUUGACGUGUUCUAAUUGCCAAUGAUUUUUUUGCGACAAAAACACCAGUAAUAUUGCUACAAAAACGAAGACACCGACUUAAACAAUAAUGGGUGGGAUGUUUUCUGAGAUCGGUGUUGCCAAAAUGUCCUCCUGACUACUUGAGACAUGAGAAUCAUGUAUUUUCUCCAGCACACACAGUUGUCCGACACACUGCUCUGUGGUUGAGAGAAAAGGCCGGACCUGUCGAAAAGCCGUCGAGAUGUCUUUUCUUGAAAUCGUGAAUGCAUAUGAGAUGUCUUGGUAUGAAUAGAUUGUUAUUGUGGAUGCAAAUAAUCACCACCGAGGAGUAAAAAGCUACCUACUGUAUCUGUUUGCAUAUUUGUAAUGUACCUAUUUACUUUCUCAACGUUUCUGCAAUUUUUAUAGCAAUAUGCUCCCGAAGCUGGAGCAACAUAAUUCAAACUUGUGUCAACUAGCCUAACAUACAUAUCUAAGACUUGAACAAGUCAUAUUUACUGUGUCAUUCUCUGCAUGUCACAAUAGACAUACAGUAUUGUAAAAAAUGAUACAUAUAUAUGUGUGUGUGUGUGUGUGUGUGUGUGUGUGUAGAGAUGAUCAUGUCCAAACUUUCACAUACAGCAGAGCUUCACUAUGCUAAUAUCAUGAUGUGGUUGUACAAAAACAUGAACGUGUUGCUCUUGGGGUAUCAUAAAAAAAAAGGUGUUGUGUGACAGAUGGCACAUCAUGUACGGUCCAGUCAAACAUACAGUAGGUAGAGAUCAAUGGUCCAAAAAAACGUCAUCGCUCAUGCUUACUCUACCCACAGCUGCACACUCGUGAGCGUCCCUCCACACAGCAGCGAGCACUGACACCACCACCAACACAGACUGUACAACAUGGUGCAACUGACAAGACUGUGAGUAUCAAUCACCUCAGACAGAAUGCUGGAACAAUCUGCACAAAACAUGGUAUAUGGGUCGGAGAAAUUAAAACCCUCUAAAGGUUCUGUAAAUAGAUAUGUACAACUGUAUUGAAAAUGUAGCAGUUAUUUCCAUUUUCAUACUUGUAAUCAAUACAUAUUAUGUAGCAUAUACUGUAUAAAACAUUACUUUGUUCACUUGAUUUUUCUAAAAGAGUUAAGUACUUUAUCUGCUGCAGCCACUCCAUGCAUUACUUAGAGUUCAACUAAUAAACAGUUCGCCCUCUAAAAGAAAGGCACAGUCCAACAAUUGUUUAUUUAAAUUUAUGCAAGAUUCCCUUUAAGAUGUGUUCCUGUUUUAUUUAUUAUAUCGGUUUUUUUCUACAUUCAUUUUUAUUUAUGUACAGAUUUCUUAAAUUUUUUCUUUUUCUUUUUUUAAUACUUUGCUGCUAUCUUGAACUACUGGUGUCGUUCGUUCAACUACACGGUGUAACCAUGAGAAACAUUAUUAAUAAUCGUGCUUAUUGUUACAUAUUUGUUUUAUUUUGGAAAGCCAUGUGAGUCGGAGUUUGUACCUUGACGAGUGAGCCCUUCUGUAAUAGUAUUAAGGCACUUGAAUGUCUCUUGGUCGUUGUUGUUUUACAAUAGUUAGCUCCAAACUGUACAGUACAGUUCACCCCGUGAAAAGAAGACCUAUCUCGAUAUUUGAGACUCACUGCUUGGCCUUUUGUUUUAGCUCCACCUGUUUGUGUUUGACAGUCGAGGAUUUUCCAAACAAACACAGGUCAGGGUCAUGGAAAUGGGCAAGUGCAAUGCAUGCAGAGAUUCCUUAUACUGAAAAGUUCCCAAUGAUACUUAUUAUUGUGCCCAAUUUAAUUUCAGACACCACGCGAUCAUAUUACCAUGAUUCCUUUUCACAGACUGAUACGGAACCCAUUAGGUGUCAGUUCCCAGAAUAGUUUACAGAAGCCGUGGGUUUUGUGUGUCUACUAAACGGUGGCCAUUAUACGAGUGCCAUACUAUACUGAUAUGGUGAGAUACGGUGUACCUUGGAAAUCACUGUAGUGCUAUAUUUGCAUUGAUAUUGUCAUUCAAAAAUAAAUUUUAUAUAAUGAACUUUA